AUAAUUUAUUAUGUUCGAAGAAAGUGCCGAUUCAACUGAGUACAGCUCUUUUUGGCUAAUUAAGUAUGUAAGUUAAAGAAUAAAGUGGCAUGAACCCAUUAAUUAAGAGUGGGUACAUUUCUUCCUGUCCGGUUGACCACAAUAUUGAUACCACGCACCAUGCAACUUAAAAGUAUUAAAAGCGCCUACGCAUGAAUGAUCGAGGUCUCCACUGACUGGAACUGUCUUUUUUACCAGCUGGCUUCUGUCCUGAGCGUUACAGUCUUUUAAAAUCAGACGAAAAUAUGCUGGUGCUACGUGUUAACGGCUGGGUUGUGGAUAUGAUAGCCCGACUACCAUUAGCAUUGUUUAUCGAUUAUGUAAUCGGACCUGCGUGGUCAUGGCCGCCCCUUCCUCCUUCUUUAAAUGAAUCCAUAAUGCGCCUAAAGUAUCUCAAUCCUUCAACUGUUCCUUCUCCUCCUGGCUCUCCCACAUUGUUGGAAUUCUUUAAUGCCCUCGGACUACGUUUAUCCCUGGCGAGCGCUGUUCUGGGCGCAUGGCUCGUCAUCCGCUGUUAUCCCACAUCUCAAAUAGUUCUAUGGGCGCUGUGGAUGGAAACCCUUGCGUUGUUUGCGGCCGUACUGGGACUAAAUAUGCUGACUAUUUUCACCACUAUAUUCUUUUGGAUUCCCAUCUAUUUGGCUGUGCAGAUCUUACACGCGUGGAUGGCGUACAAUCUCCGUCAAUUGCGUAUGCUGGAAUCAAUGGGGUUGCCAAAUGCUGGGCGACUGUAUGGUUUGCCUGUCAUUCAUGACGGCAUUCUGAUGUUCUUCUGGCCAAAAAUGCCGGCAGUUGUCGGUGCUGUUCAGAUAUUCUGGUAUCCAAUUGCGGAUGAAUCGUGGCGGUUGAGCUUUUUUGUGACCGUUAUCUCCGUGACCGCCGCUCCCGCACUGUAUUAUUUGACCAGUGCUUUCGUGUGGCGCCUGUAUUCCAGUUAUAUCAUGAUGAAGAUCCGGUACAGAGGAACCAUCAGCGUCAGGAUAGUCACUCCAUACUAUGCUGCACUAGAGGCAGUCAUAUGGCAGACAGUUGGAGAAGACCCCAUCAAUCGAGCCUAUGCUGCGGUGCUUUUCUCCAGAGUCUUCUAUCGUUUCUCGCUGAACUUUUACGGGAACGGUGCGCAAUCAGCCAUACAGGAUCUUUCGCAAAACCUUGUGGAUAACACUGUUAAUUCCUGGAUUACGAUAUUUGGAGCGUGUUGGGUAGUCUCUGCAGUAUACCAUUACGCCAUGGAACAUUGGGUACAAGGAAUGCAGCUCAGCUUAACGGACAGUGAUUCACGAGAAUUUGAUGUUAUGAAGUAUGACCUUUGUGGAUACUUGAUAAUCUUCUGCUCUCUUGCUAAUCUGACGGCAUAUCCAGUGGCGCAAAUCCAUUUGCUUCGACUCUGCAUUUUCUUUGUUCUGUACCGCUUGUCGAAGCUGUCAUUGUAUGCGCUAGGUCACUGCCGUAUAGCCGCCAUGGACGAGGUAGACGAUCAUAUUUUGUUUAUUCGGACUGUCGCUGAUGGAGCACUAGCAGUGCUAAUCGCGGGAUUCUUCCUGGCGCACAGAAUGUGGCAAGCGCCACUAAAAAUCCGAGAACUUUUGACUUCCGGUUGGCUUAAAGACAGAUCCACGUUAUUCACUCCUGAAUUUGAGAUGUGGAUGCACGGCGAAGCCAGUCUAGCCGUUGGAGAUCUGAUCGUUUUGUCGUGCGUUAUUCUGAUUAAUGCUGUAGCCAGUUACGCCCAUUUAAUCAAGAAGCGACCACCAAAACUGUGGCAUGUUGUUCUGCAGAGAACAGACUGGUUCGCCAGUUUGUGGAAACAUGGUAUUCGGGAAGCACUCGCUAUUGCGCUUCACAGUGUUGUGCUGACUCUGUUGUGGGAGGACCGCGUGGACAUGAUUUUUCUGACCGUGAUCUAUUUAUCACGACUUAUGGAUGCGAUGACGGCACUCCAUCAGGCCGUAGUACGGGGACUCGAUGGACAGAUCUUUUGCUGGUCAAAGUGUAUUAUCUAUGCAUUGCAGUCUCCGGAUGAAGCAACGUUUGCUGCGUGGAAUGACUUUUGCAGCAUUUGUCGUCUGGAAGAAGAUGACCGCUUGAGCAUUUGUACCCUGCCAUGUGGUCACUACUUCCACAGAGAAUGUAUAGAAGAGUGGUUAAAACGCCAAAUGAAAUGUCCGAUGUGCAUGCGGAAAAUUUGGUUCGAUAAUGGGGAUGUUAAAAUGGACAAGACAUAGCCUUGAAUGCGUUAACGGUUUGGAUACGGUGUUGCUUGCUCACUUAUCAACACAACGAAUGCGGCUGUUGUGCGUUCUACCAAAAUUUAUAAACGGAUGAAGUAUUCAGGACGCGUUUUGCCUUGGACUUUUGGACUGUUAUCUUGCGGAAUACGGAUUGACUGUUAAACACUUUGCUGUUUCACACAUAUAUUUUGCGUACUUAGUGCGAUUUGGUAGAAAAAUUCUGUCAGAGUCGUAAAGGUUUGCAAGCUGAACGAUUGAGAAAUUUCUUUGUUGAAUUGUUAAUAGUUUUAGUACUACAGUAGUAAGUACUAUUAACGCCUGGCGCAAUCCCCUUUUAUGUACGAAAUACGUAUUAAAACUAUGAC